CGCGCGGCGUCUUCCUCGGUCCCACGGCCCGGGUCGUACCGCCGCUGCCUGGACGCCGUGACCGUGCGGAGCGGGCUGCGAGAUGGCCUGUGUGGUCUUUGAGGACGUGGCUGUGAAGUUCACCCCGGAAGAGUGGGCUUUGCUGGAUCGAGGUCAGAGGAAGCUCUACAGAGAUGUGAUGCUGGAGACGUGCAGGCACCUGGCCGCCGUGGAUUGUUGCACUCAAGUUAAAACUUGUGGAUCAAGGACUCAGCUGCAUAUUUUGGAGAAUGAACUAUCCCAUGAAGAGAAAAUAGUAAGAUUUACAAGAAAUGAUCCCUGGGCUCUUUUUCGAGAAAACCCGGUGUUUCAUAACAUUGGUGAUCAGUCCCAAUCCCAGGAGAGGCGUUUGAGAAGUCCUUUGGUGGAGAGUGUCAGUGAACAUAUUGAAGGAGAUCAAUGUGGAGAAACCCUGAACCCGGUUACAAGUCUUACUGUGCGUCAGGGGUGUCCCACUGGAGGCAAAUCCUGUGAAUGCGCUAAGUGUAGAGAAGCCUUCGCAGAUGGUUCCUUCUUUGAGAAGCUGCAAAGAUCUCCCCCAGGACUCAAACCUAGUCCUGGUGAGGAAUGUGGGCCAGGCUGCAGCUCCGUCUCGAGCCUCAGCACUCACGUGGACCGAGACCUUGUAGAGAAACCCUAUGAAGGUCAGGACACCGGGAGAGCAUCUGAGACGUACUCAAAGAGUCUCAGUAGUAAAAAAUCUCUAGAGUGCAAGAAAUGUGGAAAAGCUUUUACUUGCACGGCUUCCUUUCAGGGUCACGUGCAAGGUCCCUGUGGACAGAGUGUCCACACAUGUGAUGUGUGUGGGAAAACCCUCUCGUAUCUCUCCUACCUUACACGUCAUGUGAGAACUCACACUGGGGAGAGACCCUAUGACUGUCAGGAAUGUGGGAGAGCCUACAGUUGCCUGUCGUAUUUUCGAGAACACAUGAGAUCACACACUGGGGAGAAGCCCUAUGAAUGUAAGGAGUGUGGCAAGACAUUCAAGUACCCCGCGUCCCUGCAGGGACACAUGAUGACACACACUGGAGAGAGGCCUUACCUGUGUCAGCAGUGUGGGAAAGCCUUCAGUUGUCCCAAAUACUUUCGAAGACAUGUGAGAACACACAGUGGAGUGAAACCCUAUGAAUGUACGUUGUGUGGGAAAGCCUAUAGUUGCUCCUUAUCCCUCCGGGAGCAUGUGAGAACUCAUAGUGAAGAGAGGCCCUAUGAAUGUAAGGAGUGCGGGAAGGCUUUCAGACACCCUAGGUACUUCCAGAGGCAUGUGCGGAUGCACAGUGGGGUGAAACCUUACGUGUGUAAGGAGUGCGGGAAAGCGUACAGCAGUUCCACGUCGCUUCAGGAACACGUGAGGUCACACACCGGGGAGAGACCCUUUGAAUGCCAGCAGUGUGGGAAAGCCUUCACACGCCACUCCUCCCUCCAAGGUCACGUGAGAGCACACAGCUUGGAGAAACGUUAUGAAUGUUCACAGUGCGGGAAGGCCUUCCGCUGGUCCUCGUCCUUGCAGAAGCACGUGAGAACACAUCGUGAGGAGAAGCCCUAUGAGUGUCAGCAGUGCGGUAAAGCCUUCUGGUAUCCUGCAAACUUGCGGGCACACGUCAAGACCCACACGGAGGAGAGACCUUACGAGUGUCCGCACUGCGGGAAGGCCUUCAGUUGUCACUCCUCCCUGCAAGUCCACGCGAGGAAGCACAACGGAGUGAAACCCUAUGAGUGUAAGGAGUGCGGGAAGGCCUUCUGGUAUCCUGUGAACCUGCGGGCGCACGUGAGGACGCACACAGGGGAGAGACCCUACGAGUGCCAGCAGUGCGGGAAGGCAUACAGGUGUCCCGCAAACCUGAGGGUCCAUGUGAGGACACACACAGGGGAGAGACCCUACGAGUGCCAGCAGUGCGGCAAGGCCUUCCGGUAUCCAGCAAACCUGCGGGCGCACGUGAGGACGCACACGGGAGAGAGGCCCUAUGAGUGUCCGCACUGUGGGAAGGCCUUCCGGUAUCCCACGAACCUACGGGCGCAUGUGAAGACACACACGGGGGAGAAACCCUGAAUACACAUUCGGGCUCUUUUCCCUCAAGUCUUGUUGUAAGUCCAGUCAGACACAUGGGCAAGACAUGUAACGUAUGUAAGGAAUGUUGGAGAACCUUCAGGCAUAGCACUUCAUUUGUUUGGUCAUAAAACCUCAGGGCUGGACCACGA